GCUCUCUCUCGCCAUGGCUUCACGCUUGCUCUUCUCGCUCCUCCUCCUUCUCCCCCUCUUCGCCGGCGCCGGCGCCGCCACAUGCAACCCCUCCGAUCGUGAAGCUCUCCUCGCUAUCCGUGACGCCCUCAAAGAGCCGUUCCUCGGUGUCUUCUCCUCCUGGACGGGCAAAGAUUGUUGCAAAUGGUACGCCGUGGGCUGCGAUCCAACCACUGGCCGCGUCGCCGAUCUCUCCCUCCGCGGCGAGUCCGAGGACCCCAUCCUCACCCGCUCCGGCAUCAUGACCGGCCGGAUCUCCCCCUCCGUCUGCCGCCUCACCGCCCUCUCAACCCUAAUCCUCGCCGAUUGGAAACAGAUCUCCGGCCCUAUCCCUUCCUGCAUUCCCUCCUCUCUCCCCUCUCUCCGCAUCCUCGAUCUCAUCGGCAAUCGCCUCUCCGGCCCUCUCCCUUCCAACAUCGGCCUCCUCCGCCACCUCACCGUCCUCAACGUCGCCGACAACCAGAUCUCCGGUAAGAUCCCUAGAUCCCUCCCCUUUCUCUCAUCCCUAAUGCAUCUCGAUCUCUCCAACAACCUGAUCUCCGGCUCGAUCCCGAGAAACUUCGGGAAUCUCCACAUGCUCAGCCGAGCUCUUCUCGCCCGCAACUCCCUCCGCGGUUCCAUCCCCAUCUCUAUUGGCUCCAUGCCGAGGCUCGCCGACCUCGAUCUCUCCCGUAACCACAUCUCCGGCCAGAUCCCGGCGACCCUCGGUUCCUCCCGUGUCCUCUCCUCCCUCAUCCUCGACUCCAACCGGAUCUCCGGGAACAUUCCGGCGAGCAUCCUGAAGAGCCAAGGGCUCGGGAUCUUGAAUCUCAGCCGGAACUCCAUCGCCGGCGAGAUCCCCGACGUGUUCACGGCGAGGUCCUACUUCACCGCCUUAGAUUUGUCGUUUAAUAGGCUGAGAGGUCACGUGCCACGCACGCUCUCUAGUGCAACCUAUGUGGGCCACCUGGACCUUAGCCAUAACCAUCUAUGUGGGCCCAUCCCAACUGGCCCACCUUUCGACCACCUCGAUGCCACGUCAUUCGCUAAAAACGAUUGCCUCUGUGGCUCCCCUCUUCAAUCCUGCGUCUGAUCCCAACCCUCCGAUUAAGAUCCGAUGGCUGGCUUUGUCCACGUGUCCUUUGUUUAUAAUUAAAUAUAUUAGUAUAAAAUAUUUUAAAAACUAGGGCCCCGUUAUUUUCGUUUAUUACAAUUAAACCAUUAAACUUAUUAUUUUAUUUAA